GUACGUUAAGUAAAAAUCUUAAAACCAAUUACUGCAACUAUGAAGAUCGCCAUCUUUUUCCUGCUCGUGGGUUUAAGCAGCUGUUUUGUUUCUGCAAAUUUCAUAGAUGAUCCGGAUAGUGGUGGCCUAGAGUCAUGCCCUGGAAGGAUUACACAAGACCAAGGUCGAACUUUGGCCACAAUGAUUGUUAUAUUGAUUCAAAAAAAUGAAUAUGUGAAGCAAAGAGGCCUGCAAAAUUCGCCUCUAAAGAUAUGUAUUCUGGAUACUGCCUUCUCUAUUGUGAGACUGGUGGCUAGCUACAAGCAAUGUGAUAUCAACAUUAUUGUUCAAGAAUUGUUGAAUAACCUGGAUGUUGACAGUGGUACUAAAGAAAUGGUCAGGCAAGCUUUGUUGAGAAAUCAGCCUGAGCUAGCUGCAUCAUUCAGCGCAGAUAUGAGUGUACUUAUCCGGGCCGUAUGUCUCUUAGUGGAUAGGCUUGCUGCUGCAGAUGGCUUUAUCCUUAGUGACAUAAUAAAUGACAUUCUUCCUAAUUUGGCUGGUUUUCUUGGUUCCCUUAUGAAUGCAGUUACAAAUACUCUUGGCUCAGCCCUUAAUGUAGUUUUUAGCCUUGUUAACAAUGCUGGUAGAUUAGUGUCUUCUGUCGCUAAUGUAGCUACUGGUCUUGUUGAUAAUCUUGUGGGUGCUGUUACUGGUGGUGGUUCAGGCGGUGGACUUAUUGGUGGUAUUCUGGGUGGCGGUUCAGGCGGUGGACUUCUAGAUGGUUUAACUGGUGGUGGUUCAGGCGGUGGACUUAUUGGUGGUAUUCUGGGUGGCGGUUCAGGCGGUGGACUUCUAGAUGGUUUAACUGGUGGUGGUUCAGGCAGUGGACUUGUGAGUGGUGUUCUGGGUGGAGGUUCAGGCGGUGGACUUCUAGGUGGUUUAACUGGUGGUGGUUCAGGCAGUGGACUUGUGAGUGGUGUUCUGGGUGGCGGUUCAGGCGGUGGACUUGGGGGUGGUUUAACUGGUGGUGGUUCAGGUGGUGGAUAUGUGAGUGGUUCAGGCAGUGGACUUGGGGGUGGUUUAACUGGUGGUGUAUAUGUGAGUGGUUCAGGCGAUGGACUUGGGGGUGGUUUAACCGGUGGUGGGUCAGCUGGUGGAUAUGUGAGUGGCUCAGGCGGUGGACUUGGGGGUGGUUUAACUGGUGGUAGUUCAGGUGGGGGAUAUGUGAGUGGUUCAGGUGGUGGACUUGGAGGAGGGUUAACUGGUGGUGGUUCAGGUGGUAGAUAUGUGAGUGGUUCAGGCGUUGGAUUUGGGGGUGGUUUAACUGGUGGUAGUUCAGGUAGCGGAUAUAUGAGUGGUUCAGGUGGUGGACUUGGGGGUGGUUUAACUGGUAGUGGUUCAGGUGGUGGAUAUGUGAGUGGUUCAGGCGGUGGACUUGGGGGAGGGUUAACUGGUGGUGGUUCAGGUGGUGGAUAUGUCAGUGGCUCAGGCGGUGGAUUUGGGGGUGGUUUAACUGGUGGUAGUUCAGGUGGUGGAUAUGUGAGUGGUUCAGGCGGUGGAUUUGGGAAUGGUGGCAAUUUGGGCGGAGGAAUUGGGGGUGGUUUAACUGGUGGGGGUUCAGGCGGGGGUGGACUUAUUAGCAAUGUUCUUGGUAGCUUCUUAGGUUAAAUCAUCAUUCCUCCUGAUUACAGGCACCUCAGUAAUUUUUUUCACCAAGAAAAAGAAGUGGACUACAAUGAGUCUAUCCUCUAAUAACCAGAAUAUUUUUUUUUCUUUUACAAAAUAUAAUGUUGUUUCUUCUAUACAACUGUGAAUGGUUUGCUUUCUCUGAUUUUGAAUAUAACCAAAUGAAUAAAAUA